GAGAGACUGAGACUCGCGUCUGAGAGGCGGCCGCUGAUUGGCGAAGACGCUCGCCUCUGAUCUCCAAGAAAGACGCGUGACUGCUGCACGUCGGAAUCCGCCUCCUUGGGCCCUGCACGCUUGUUUCGGGCUGGGCUUGGCUCGAGGUGCUCCUCCUGAUCCAUGGAGGGAAUGUUUUGCAAGUUGCUCUAACCUCCUCCCCUCCAUCAAGGGCUUGGGGUGGAAAGUUUGCAUUUUGUUUGGCAUUUGGGCAUUUUUGCCUCUGUUUUUUCAAUCUGGUUUCGGAAGCGACUGCGCUGGGGACUCUGAUGCACCCGUUCCAGUGGUGUAACGGAUGCUUCUGCGGUUUAGGGCUGAUUUACACCAACAAAUCGUGCACAAUGCCUCCCAUCACUUUCCAAGACUUACCGCUGAACAUCUACAUGGUGAUUUUUGGCACUGGUAUCUUCAUCUUUGUGCUGAGCCUCAUCUUCUGCUGCUACUUCAUGAGCAAACUUCGACAUCAGGCACAAAGUGAAAGAUUUGGUUACAAAGAGGUGGUUUUGAAAGGUGACGCCAGAAAGCUAAACUUACAUGGGCAGACUUGUGCCGUCUGCCUAGAAGACUUUAAAGUGAAAGAUGAGCUGGGAGUGUUACCAUGCCAACAUGCCUUCCACAGAAAGUGCCUCGUAAAAUGGCUGGAAGUCCGUUGUGUCUGUCCCAUGUGCAAUAAGCCCAUUGCAGGCCCCACAGAUCCUCACCAGAGCAUCGGGAUCCUCCUAGAUGAACUGGUGUGAUAUCAACCCAUGCUCAACUGCUUCCCCCCAAAAUCAGAGCCUCUGCUGACAUGGACUGUUGCCUUGGGGGUUCUGCACUUCAACCUGUGUCCUAGCCAGAGGCACAUCUCACCGGUACAGUCUUUGCCUACCUAAACUAGUGGGCUGUUCCCAGUGCCAAGAUGGAAGGCAAGCUGGUUUUGCCCUCUAGUCUGGGAGGAAUUUUCAGGGGAAGAUGGAUCAGAUCAGCACUGGGACCCACACACUGCAGAUCACUGACACGUGAAGGACUUGGGAGUCAGGAAGUUUGAAUCUUCCCCGGAAAUCCUGUGUUGACAGUGCAAAUCUCUAGCACCAGAUUUUUGCCACUGGACAUUGUAAUGCCAACUGUGAGAUUAAAGUCUUCCCUUCAUCUAGGACCUGCUGGCCAGAAGCAACAAAAUAGCAAGCAUCUCCUAUGUCUUAUUUUAUCUACUUUAUCCCAAUAUCUCCUACUUCUGUUUUAGCAGGUCUACUCAACCCUACCCUUUUUGUAGGAAGUCAUCCUUUCCCAUCUGGACCCUUUUGACCCCUCCUUGUGGGGAGGAGGUCGUUUUUACAAUAAAUAAAGAGCUUUAGCUUGGGAGCUGUCUGACUUAGACUUAUUGCCAGGUUCUGCCUAGAUCCUUCUCUACAAAACCUACUGUCAUUGUUUACAUAAGACUAAAGUGGAAAGCCUUCUGCAAAGUAUGGAGCACCAAAGGGAUCAGUGUAUCCACACAGCAGCAUUUGAACUGUGGUUUGGAAUGGGGAAAAGGCGCCAGACCUUGGUUCUUGGCAUUCCUUGGGGCCACCAAGGAAAGAGACAUGAAAAUACACAUGCAAUUCAACUUUUUGAUUUGGAAGAUGGAUGGGAUGUAUUAUCUUAAGUGGCCUUUGAAUUUUUUUUCCUUAUUAUUCUAUCCUUGUACAGAAAAAAAGCUACUUACUCUGAAUCCUGGAUGUAUUU